GGCCCGGUCUCCCUUAUAUUCCACUAAAUCUCGGUCUUUCAAAAUAGCAGACCGUACCUAGACGUCAAUCCAAAAUGAUCAUUAGGGGAUGAUUCUAUUCAUGAACAAAAAGCAAGAAGAGAGAGACCCAAUCUUGCCCAGCGCUGAUCUUCUGAGCCUCCUCCUCCGCUGCGACUCGUUUUCCGACCCACCUUUUGCUCCAGUAUGGGGCGAGCCUUUCCUUUCGAUGCUUUCCGACUCACAGCGAUACCAUCGCGGAGCAAGCGGAAACGGAUGGAAUACUGCAAAGCGGGCAGAGACACGACGAACUAUCUUGGAUACUCAGCCUCUGGAUGAGUAUUUGUCACAAGUUAUCACAGUUGAUAUCUCUGGAGCUCUAGUGGCAUUUACAGCAUUCAGUUGCGUCGACUCUUUCGAUGAAGAGCGGUUUUCUUUUUUUGGGUAUUGUCAUGUCAGCGCUGUUCAUGAUGAUCAAUUCAACAAUUGAAGACCGGCACUUCACCAAAGUCUAUUUGGGAAGACAAAUGAAGUUCACAUUAAGCUCGAAAUCCUAACGCGGGAUCGAGUACGGAUUUUUUGCUCCACGGCCGGUGAGUCUUGUUUCGGUUGCUGUCUUUCGGCUUUCGCUAUGAUGUCUCCGAUCCGAUUUCUGUCAUCGAAAUGGACUCUGGAAUUUCCGGGUCAUUUUGGUGCCAGAAACUCCAGUCUGGUGUCAUAUUCUCUGUUGUUCCAAGGCAAAUUCCAAAUUACAAACAUCAGAUUUACCCGGGCGAGAACGAAUGCACAAUGACGGUCAUUGUCUAUCAGCCUUGUCGAUUACCCUCAUGCUUAGCGCUGCUACCGAUGGUUGGGAUACAAGACUUACUCGGAAUACUGGAAAACAACUAGUCUCAUUCCAUUCCUGUCAACUUGGUACCCAAGCCUUUCUCGAUUUCCACCCCGUAUCCAGCUCUACAGUUACAUGCAAUACUCCCAUAACUAUGGUACGAGGUGCCGUUGACGUAAGAUGACUCGGUCCAGAGAAGCCGAAGACCGAUUUCCAAGAACCACAACUUGUUCUCGGUAGUGAGCAAAUUCAGGCACAAGGCAGCCUGCCAAUGCCAAGUGAACUAGGGCUGGAAUCGCUUCGUCUCCAGAAGUGAUCGGCCUAUUGCGGGCCGUCAAGAUAUUGGCAUUGUUGGCACAGAUGCACAAUGGUGGCAAGCGCAGUUGGCUUGACACAACAACAUUGGCAUGGUCUUUUUCCUCGUAUAAAUGACCGAAGUCCUCAACCAGAAUACUCUGAUUCAGAGGACAACAAAUAUUCCAAUCACAAGAAUGCGCGCGGCUAUUCCUCUGCUUCAACUCGGCAUUGCCGCCGGAGCUGUUGCUCAAUCGACAUUCGUCACAUCAAUUGCCCCAUCUUCUGUUGUGACUGCAUCAUCGACUGCAGUACCGAGCUUGGUUCCUCGGGAUGGAUGUGCUGCAAUAGCUUCGUUACAUGAGAGCACAUUUGAAGCCAAUUCUAGUGCUACAUUGAGGGACGUUCCACCUUUGGCACCUGCUCUGGCCUACGAAUGUCUGACGUCCGUACCACUCGACAAGGAUGCAGCGACAAGCCUGAUUCAAUACUACAAACCAUAUCUCGAGUUCUUGAGUACUCUUGCGUGGUUGAAAGAUCCUCCAGAAUCCUACAAGCAGCCAGCUGUGGAUCUGAUUGGAGGUCUGGAGAACAUCACUUCUCAAAUUUCUAACAAUGCCUUCGGCAAUCAAUAUGAAUUCGAAUUGGCAAUUCGUAAUCUCUUACAUGGUGCGCAUGAAGGACACCUUGCACUGCAAACCCCUCUGUACAGCUUGUUUAUCUUUAGAAGUCCUUUCGAGUUCGUAUCCGUCUCUUCGGAUGGAAGCCAGCUCCCUCAGAUAUACGUCUACCGUGACUUCGAAUUGGUCGCGACUUCUUCUGCAACCCUCUCAUGGUCUCCAUCACCGGUGACUGAUAUUGAUGGGCAGUCUGCAGAAGCUUUCCUUGCAGACUAUGCCAGAAAUCACGCAACCGGAACCAUCGAGCCACAUGCCGAUUACAAUAGUGUACUUUUCAACGCUGCGAGAUAUCUGGGCAACAACUUGGUCCAGUCAACACCCCUAGGCCUUGGUUUUGACUACCUUGGGCAUGAUACCAUGAAUCUGACUUUCGCGAAUGGCACUAGUACCUCUGGGAACUGGACAUCGAUAGCUCAGCAGAACUUGACAGGAGUCACGAGUGGAGAAGAUUUGUAUCAGGCGUUCGUCGCACCGCAACCACCAACUCCUCCUCGACCUAUCAGCGAGACCGAACUGAGCGACACCCUACCAGAGAUUGGCGCACCAUACCCAACGCCGGUAGUCGUACAGAAGGGUCUUGGGUACGGCGGAUUUGUCUCCGGAUAUUUCUUGAAUGAAACUUCGAUUGCUGUACUGAGUAUCACGAGUUUCUUGAUGCAAGCCGAGUUUGCAGAAACUGCUCAGGACGCCGUGGCUGAAUUUUUGGAAAAGUCAAAGGAUGCCGGCAUGAAGAAACUAGUAAUAGAUCUUCAAGGGAAUGGUGGUGGACUGGUUCUCCUCGGUAUCGAUCUGUUCAAGCAGUUAUUUCCCUCGGAUGAGCCCUUCAUUGGCAGUCGGCUGAGAGCUCAUUCGGCUUUGAAUACUAUCGGAACCACACUCGGGUCACUGAUUAAUGCAGAACAACUGCUGGUCGGUUCUCCAUUCUAUUUCGGAAAUUCCGUCGACAUGGACGGUCGCGAUUUCUCGGACUGGGCAGAUUACUAUGGUCCAUAUCCAUCACAUGGAGACUUCUUCACUGCCACCGAACGUUUCAACUUGAGUGAUGCCGCCAAUUCGGAGAUUCAGUCAGGAAACGGCAUCGUCGUGUCUGGAUACGCCACUGAGAGCAACGUUGCCCCACAAUACUUUGCUCCUGAAGAUAUCCUCAUGCUCACUGAUGGCUUCUGUGGCUCUACUUGUUCUGUCUUUGCCGAGCAAAUGAAAACUCAUCAAGGAGUCAAGUCUGUUGUUGUUGGCGGUCUACCCGAGACUGGUCCAAUGCAAGGUGUUGCAGGUAAUAGGAGCAUGGCAUCUGACUUUGAAGGCAGAUCAUCUAACUUGAAUUCCAGGAACAAGAGGAGCGCUCCGAUACAGCGCCGACGGGAUUGGUGCCACCGUCAACGUUACUCUGCUUUUUAAUACCUCGGUUGACCCAUCAACAAUGCCUUCACCUUUCGCGCCACCAAUAAACGUCCCACUGUCCGGCAUCACUAUCAAUCUGCGUGAUCAAGUCCGUGAAGAUGCACAAGACGUGCCACUUCAGUUUAUCUAUAAAGCUGCAGACUGUCGAAUUUUCUACACAGCGGAGAUGUUGGCGGACUAUUCUGUUCUAUGGCAGAGAGCUGCUGAUGCUUUGUGGACUAACUCCAGUCUUUGUGUUGAAGGAUCGACUGGCCACCCGUCAUCUGGAAAUGGCACUGAGUCAACUACAACGCCCGAUCCCACUGGAACUAACCCUCCUGCUUCUACGCCGUCAGAUGAGUCCAGUGCUUCCAUGUUGAGACCUGAGAGUUUGGUCAUGGUUAUUGCUUCGAUGUUGCUCGCUGCUAGUCUGUAGGCUGGAUGAGAAUAUUUGCCAGGAAGAGUGAUAUAGAAUGCAACUUCUAUAAUCAAAUGUAUGAUUAGGAGUAGAGUGGUAUAUACAGAUGAUAAAGUAUAAUAAUACACAAAACAGAAGAGACUUUGCGU